CUCCGCCUAUAAAAUCUCCCAUCAGGUGUUGUAAUUCUCAACCAACCAACCAACCAAAAAACACAAGAAGAAGAAGGAGAGAGAGAGAGAUCCAUAUAUACCAAGAAAAGCAUCUCUCUGGUUUCUUGAUCUUGUCUGAAAAUGGAAAAUUUCGGCGACGAGUACAAGAACUACUGGGAAACCACAAUGUUCUUCCAGAACGAAGAACUCGAAUACGACAGUUGGGCGUUCGAGGAGGCGCUGUCGGGAUCAGGGGAGUCCAGUUCGCCGGACGGAGCAGCCACUUCGCCGGCGUCGAAGAAUGUCCUGUCGGAGAGGAACAGACGCCACCGCCUCAACCAGAGACUCCUCGCUCUCCGAUCUGUCGUCCCCAACAUCAGCAAGUUGGACAAGGCAUCGGUGAUAAGAGAUUCGAUAGCAUACAUCGAAGAACUGCGGGAGCAGGAGAAGAGGCUUGAAGCGGAGAUAAGAGAACUCGAGUCAUUAGCCUCCUCUUAUAGAAACCCCACAAAUGGUUAUAACGAUAAUUACGCUCUUAGUUAUCAAUAUCAUCAAGAGCUUCUUCCCUCGGGGAAGACCAAAGCACGCUCCUCUCCCAUCGAAAUCCUAGAAUUGAAGGUGACGUGCAUGGGAGAGAAGACGGGAGUGGUGUGCAUAACAUGCAGCAAGAAGAGGGACACAAUGGUCAGACUAUGCGAAGUCUUCGAGUCUCUGAACCUCAAAAUCAUCACAGCCAACAUCUCUUCCUUCUCCGGUCGCCUCUCCAACACUCUCUUCCUCGAGGUGGAGGAAGAAGAGGGAGCUAUACUGGAGGCCAAGAUCCACACAGCCAUUGCAGCUUUCAAUGAUUCUCGCUAUGGCAGUCCUAUGAGCUUCUGAUCCACAGAGAGAGUAUCCGUGUAAUAUAUGUAUGUAAUGAUUUUAUAUAUUCCGCAUCAAUAUAUUCAUGCCGGAUAUAUCCUCGGAUACUACGUUAAUAUAUAUAUAUAUAUAUAUAUAUAUAAUUUUUUUUAAUGGUUUUUUGUAUAUUGCUUAUGAAAAUGUCUCAGUUUCUGUGAA